AUAUAACCUCAAUUCUUGAACGCCAUUGGUAGUGAUCGCUCGAGCAUCUAUCCUUUCAUUCUUCGCAGAAGCUUUAAUUAUGAAAUCUUUACUGUUAUUACUCUUUCUUUCGCUUCCCUUUUGUUUUUCUCUUGAAGCAAAGGAUGUUUCUUCAGCUGGUAUGAGACCUUCUUUGGUCAAGAGAGAAGAUAGGAAGUCAUUAAUAGUGACAGAGUAUGGACAAAUCUCAGCUGUUGAUAUUUCCACUGGAACAAUUGGAGAUUACCAUCUUGAGUUUAUUACAUUAGAGCCUAAUUCAUUGUUUCUUCCUGUUAUUCUACAUUCUGACAUGGUGUUUUAUGUCAAUACAGGGAGUGGGAGACUGAGUUGGGCUGAAGGUGGAAAAGAACUGAAGAGAAUGGAUAUAAAGAAAGGAGAUGUGUAUAGGUUACAUCCAGGCUCAGUUUUCUUUAUGCAAAGUAACUUAGAGACAGAAAGAAAGAAGCUAAGGAUUUAUGCUAUCUUUUCAAAUGCAGAUGAAGGAACCUAUGAGCCACACAUUGGAGCAUACUCUAGCAUCAAUGAUCUAGUCCUUGGCUUUGAUACGAAACUCCUCCAAUCAGCUUUUAAGGUUCCUGAGGAGGUAAUAGAAGAAAUGAAAAGUGCGAUGAGGCCACCAGAUAUAGUGCACGCAGCGCCACAGAAAAAAUCAAUACUUUUGGAGAUAGAAGAUAGACUAUUACAAGCUUUUGUUGGGAACAAAGAUGGUACCUUGUAUAGCAGCAAUGGUGGCCACAAGAAAACCAAGAAAGUUAACCUUUUAGAUGGUAAACCAGAUUUUGAGAACUGUAAUGGGUGGAGUGUGACUGUGGACAAAAAAGAUUUGAAACGUCUGAAAGGUUCUGGCAUUAGUGUUUUCAUGGUGAACUUGACAAAGGGAUCGAUGAUGGGACCGCAUUGGAACCCAAUGGCAAAUGAGAUAGCUGUGGUUCUGCAAGGACUAGGAAUGGUAAGAGUGGUUUGUUCUAGUAAUGUAAAUGAAACAGAAUGCAAAAACAUGAGGUUUAGGGUUCAAGAAGGAGAUGUUUUUGCUAUACCAAGAUUCCAUCCGAUGGCUCAAAUGGCUUUCAAUAAUGAGUCAUUAGUUUUUAUGGGAUUUAGCACAUCAACAAGUAAAAAUGACCCUCAAUUUCUAGCAGGGAAGAGAUCUGUCUUCCAAACUUUGAACAAAGAGAUCUUGGCUUUAUCAUUCAAUGUCCCAAAUACCACAGUUGAUAAGCUCUUGAAUCCCCAAGAGGAAGAAAUCAUAUUGGAGUGCAUUUCUUGUGCAGAAGAAGAGGAAAGGAAGAUGGAGGAAGAAAUGGAAAGAGAAAGAGAAAGGGAGGAAGAGGAGGCUAGAAAGAGAGAAGAAGAGGAGAGGAAAAGGAAGGAAGAAGAGGCUAGGAAAAGGGAGGAAGAGGAAGCUAGAAAAAGAGAAGAAGAGGAGCGGAGAAGGGAGGAAGAGGAGGCUAGGGAGAGGGAAGAGGAAGAAGAAGAGAGAAAACGAGAAGAGGAGAGGAGAAGGGAGGAAGAGGAGGCUAGGAGAAGAAGGGAGGAAGAGGAGGCUAGGGAGAGGGAAGAGGAAGAAGAAGAGAGAAAACGAGAAGAGGAGAGGAGAAGGGAGGAAGAGGAGGCUAGGGAGAGGGAAGAGGAAGAAGAAGAGAGAAAACGAGAAGAGGAGAGGAGAAGGGAGGAAGAGGAGGCUAGGGAGAGGGAAGAGGAAGAAGAAGAGAGAAAACGAGAAGAGGAGAGGAGAAGGGAGGAAGAGGAGGCUAGGGAGAGGGAAGAGGAAGAAGAAGAAAGAAAACGAGAGGAAGAAGAAAGAGAAAAGAGAGAAAUGAAGGAAAGAAAGAAAAGAGAACGUAAAGAAGCAGAAAGGAGGCAAAGAGAGGAAAGGAGAAGACGAGAAUCUGAGGCGAGGAGGGAGCAAGAACAGGCUAGGAAAGAAGAAGAAGAAAGGCAAAGGAGACAAAGGCAACGAGAAGAAGAAGCUAAGGAGAGGGAAAGGGAGAGGGAAGUACAACCAGAAGAAGAAAUUAAGAGAUCUGAAGAAUCAGAGGAAGAAAAAGAAGGAACAAGGAAACAAGAGAGAGAAUACCAAGGUGAUAGUGGACCAGGAAAAAGAGCCCUGAGAAAAGUUUGGAAGCUUUGAAGGGCAUCCGCUUGCUCGGUUUCUGUAUAUAAGCGAAUAACAGCUCCUGUAAGUUUGCUUGUCCUGUUUCCAAGCUGCUUUUUAUCCCUCAUUGUAAUAAGCUCUGUGAACUGUGCCUGGACAUCAUCUGCACCUUGUAAUGAGCUUUGAUUGUUUUUUUUUCGAUUAGUUUGAAGACCAGUUCUUACAUGUAAAAUAAUUUAUGAACUGCAAGUUUGCUUGUUCUGUCUGGACAUCAAUCCUAACUUUUCUUGUUUUGAGGACAUAACUAGCAGUCCAGCACAAUAAAAAAAUUGCAGUCAGUAUUUGAA